AUGACUGAUGUUGCAUUCGCCUUCUUAGAAGAAAAGAUUCUUGAAGAGGUCUUAUUCCAAUACACGAGACACCGAUGGCUAUUCAACGAAAAAGCUGAGCUUUCCAAGCGUUACCUAAAGUUUAACCUGCAACAGCUUAUCGGAGCAGCUGUCAACGUCUGUGAGGGGGCUCGAUGCUGCACCAAGAUCACCAAAUGCUCAGAGGGAUUGUACAACAAGGCGUUCAUCUUGACAAUGGACAACGGCGCCGAAGUCUUUGCAAAGCUCCCAAAUCCCAAUGCCGGACCUGCUCGUUUCUCAGUCGCCUCCGAAGUCGCGACACGUGUGAUGCUCCGGGACUUGUUUAAUAUUCCUGUCCCUCGAAUCCUUGCAUGGUCGAAUGAUGCAGCAAAUAACCCGGUCGAAGCAGCCUAUAUUCUCGAAGAAAAAGCGCCUGGUGUUCGGCUCCGCUCAGUCUGGGAUCAAUGGCCGCGAGAACUAAAGCUCCAGCUGAUCACUCAAGUGGUUGACAUAGAGAAUAAAUUGAGUACCAUGACUUUCGACCAACAAGGUUGUAUCUAUUUCAGGGAAGACUUGCGCUCUCUCAUUGGGAAAGCGGAAGAUAUCCGCAUCAAUUCUGUUGCUCCUGAGGCCCUCAGUCGGUUCUCCAUGGGGCCGCUCACGGCGAACGAGUUUUGGAAAGGUGACAGAAGGGAAAUGGAACUUGAUCGGGGUCCUUGGAGAGACCCAGGCGAUUACACACGCGCAAUGGGACUCAAUGAAAUUGCAUGGAUUCAGUCACAGGCACGCCCACGGAUGAACUAUUACCGGUCACUUCGAGAACAAGAACUCCCUGAAGACGGCCUGGAUCUUUUAGAGAAAUACAUGAAAGUGUCUCCUUAUCUGGUUCCCCGAUCAACUGACGAGGCGGCAUCGUCCAACGUUCUGUGGCAUCCGGAUCUCCAUCUGGAAAACCUCUUUGUCGAUCCAGAUACGCAUCAAAUCACCCGCAUCGUAGACUGGCAGUCAGCCUGCGUUGCGCCAUUAUUCUACCAGUAUUGCAUCCCUAAAAUAUUUCAGUGUCAUCGGCCCAUUCAGAAGGGCUGGGUCGUUCCGGGACGCCCAGAAAACUAUGACAGCCUCAGCGAAGACGAGCAGGAGAAGAUCGACAAGGAGCUCGAGAAGGAGAUUGUACGCAAAUACUACACUGCUCAAGUGCUCAAGCGGGCGCCUCGCCGCUGGGGUGUUCUUAGGGACGUAAGCCUCAGUGAGCAAAACACAAUCUCCGCCAUUCGUAAACCAGUCCUGUUAGUGAAUGGAAUCUGGGAAAAUCGUGAUUUAUUUUUUCUUCGCGAUUCCCUCAUUUCAUUCUUUACGGAUUGGGAAGAGCUUUUUCCAGACAUUUCUUGUCCUAUCGAUUUCACUGAGAAAGAUAUCGAGCUGCAUUUCAAAGAGAACGAGAAUAUGCAUGGCGUUGGAAAAAUGCUUUCCUUAUUUCGCGAGGAGGCUGGGAUCGAUGUGGACGGCAUGGUCGACCCCAACGACUACGAAGUUGCACAGAAGAAUAACCGCAAGCUCAAGGACAUUUUCAUUGGUCUGGCGAAAGAUGAUGAAGAGAGAGAGCUGUUCACCAGACUUUGGCCAUAUCAAGAGCCUCAAACCUAG